UUGAAGCGACCCCUCGGUCCCCGAGGAACGGGGAGCGAUCACUUCCGGGGCGUUCCCGCGCCGUCCUCCCGGAAGUGACGCAGGCCGCGCGGUCGGCGCGAUGGAGCAGCAGCAGCAGCAGCAACAGCAGUUGAGGAAUCUGCGGGAUUUCCUGUUGGUGUACAAUCGGAUGACGGAGCUCUGCUUCCAGCGCUGCGUGCCCACCCUGCACUACCGAGCCCUGGACGCCGAGGAGGAGGCCUGUCUGCACAGCUGCGCCGGGAAAUUGAUCCAUUCCAACCACCGCCUCAUGGCCGCCUACGUGCAGCUCAUGCCCGCCCUGGUUCAGCGCCGCAUCGCCGACUACGAGGCAGCCAACGCCGUGCAGGGGGUUGCAGCCGAACAGCCCGAAACGUCGCCAUCAGGCAGCUGACCCCUCCCCGCUCAGCGUUGGGCUAGGUGGCACUGCCAGCAUCUCGGACGUGAAGGACCGUGGGCUUAACUGAACAGUUGCUUGAAAGCUGGGUAUUGUCGCUCCUUUCCCCGGAGCCAAUAAACCAGUUGUACUGUUUGGUUUAUA